AUGGUAGAUUCAACGAUCCUGUACACGACGUCGUAUCUGGAAGAGUUGGCAAAAGGAAACGGUCCUAGCGAGAUAGAGGCUUUAAUCCUCCAAGGCUUAGAACUCAUCCAUGUCGACAAAGGAAUCAUACGAUGUAAAUUGCUCGUCACGGAUCGAGUCGCCGGAGAAGAUGGAACUUGGCAGGCCGGCGCGAUUGCGACGGUGAUGGAUUCGAUCGGCGCUGCUGCUGUCUACUCUACCGGCGACGGACUCUAUUCGUCUGUUGAUCUCAACUCUUCCUUUUAUUCAACGGUCAAUAUUCAAGAAAAAGUAGAGAUAGAAGCAAAAGUGAUAGGGACCAAUGGAGGAUUAAAGUCAGCUGUGAUUGAGAUUACAAGAGAAAGAGAUGGAGAGAUCCUAGCCACAGGAAGGUUGUGGAUGGCCCCACUCGGAGUCAAAGUUUCUAAUCUU